CCAGAAGUUCCGACACCCUAAACCUGACUCAUUCAGGCAAUGUUUUAAAAACCGGUUCAAACCAGCCGGUAGUACCGGUUGAACUGUCCGGUAGAACCGGUUAAACCGUCCGGUACACCUGGUUGAACCACUCGAUACACUAGGUUAAACCGUUCUCGAGCCCGAUCCGGUACGAUAUAAAAACCGGAUUUUAAAACAUUAUUCAGUUGAAGUGAUCAAUGGGUGAGUUAUUUGGAGGAGCUUUGUUAGGAGACGCAGUUUCGAAAGUAUCAACUGCCAUCAUAGCGGCGAUAAAGAAAACUUGGCAUUUUAAAGCCCAACUCAACGAAAUGAAAGAAUGUAUAGAGAGCAUGACCCCUAUCUUCGCGGAUAUGGAGAAACUAAACAAGGAACUUGAUCGACGGAAAGAGGAAACCGACGGGUUCGUUAAUCUACUCCAACAAGCCGAAAACCUUGUUCAGAAAUGCAGCCAUAUCAAACUGAAUUUAUGGGAGAGAUACAGUCACGCUUCGAAGUUGGACGCUUUGAAUAAAUCGUUGCACACGUAUGUGCAGAUUUACCUUCAGCUGCAGAUGGCGAGGGAUGUGAAGGAAGCGUUGGUUGUGGUGAAAGAUCCGAAUAGGGGACUACAGAAAGGGAGUUCAAGUGGUUGGUGGUCGAGUGUUCCAUUGCUAAAGGGCGAUGUUAUAGGAUUUGAUGACCGAGUUACUGAUUUGAAGGACAUGAUGUUUAAGGAUUCUCGCGGUGAUGAUUGCUCAAUUGUAGUUGUUUCGGCUGCAGGUGGCUCUGGGAAGACGACUUUCGUAACGUUGUUCUGCCAUGAUCCUUAUAUAAAAGGAAGAUUUGGUAAAAACAUUUAUUUUGUUACAAUCUCACGUGUCUACGACAAGAAAGUCAUCAUCAAAAAUUUACUUGGUGAGGUGCCUGAUAAUACGAGUGACGACGCUGCAAUCCAGCAAUGGGGGAGCUUUUUAGCUGAAAACGAAUCUGAAGUGCUUUUAGUACUUGACGACGUAUGGCAUGGUAACGUUAUAACGGACUUCAAGUUCAAGUCACCCCGAUACAAAAUUCUCGUCACAUCUCGGAUCACUUUUAAGCAAUUCAAAACAUAUAAAUUGGCGUCUUUGGACACUCAAGACGCCAUCCAUCUGUUUUGUCAGUCGGCGUCUCCAGAACAAAGUAAUAUACCAGAUGAACUUGUUAAGAAGUUGGUCAAGUGUUGCAAGUUUCAUCCACUGGCCCUUACUGUGAUCGGUGGCAUGCUAAAGGGGACACAUCCGGCACGCUGGGAAGUUAUGUGGAAAAAGCUGUCGGGAAAUAAUUCGCUUUUGGACUCGGACCAGUCUAUACUAGAAUGUCUGGAAAAGAGUUUGUAUUUAUUUGAUAAAGAACCUGAAUUAAAGCAAUGUUACCUGGACUUGGGACUGUUUCCUGAAGAUCAGAAGAUAGCCGCUACGGCACUUAUGGACAUAUGGGCUCAUUUGUACAAGCAUGAUGACGAGGGAUCCGCUACCAUGGAUAUUCUCGAUAGGCUUUCUUCUAUAAACCUUGCGACUUUGUCGCCGAAAAGGAAACAUUCACAUACUAUUGGGAACCAUUGUGUGGAAGAAUUUGUUAUGCAACAUGAUGUGAUGAGGGACUUAGCUAUUCAUUUGAACAGCCAAAAGUCAAUAGAACAUAGAGAGACGUUGAUUAUAAACGCGUAUGGGCAAGAUCUUCCCCUAUUGCCACAAACUGUCAACGCCCGUGUAUUGUCAAUUUCCACAGAUGAAAGAUUCGCUUUAGCAUGGAACGACGUUCAAUUCCCUAAAGCGGAAGUAUUUGUAUUUAAUUUCAUGUCAAAGAUGCAUCCCUUGCCGCAGUUUGUGCAGCACAUGAAAAGAUUAAAGGUUUUAAACAUCACAAACUACGGAUAUAACUUCUCAAAGAUCGAGAACUUCCCUGAACCGCAAUAUUUAUCUGGUCUAACUAGAAUACGGCUGGAUCAUGUUUCCAUAUCUUCAAUUAGUAAAACCGUACUAAUGUUGGAGAACUUGCAGAAAUUGUCAUUGAUCAUGUGCAAAAUAGGCGAAAGUUUCAACCAAGGAAUCUCCAACAAGUUGACUAGCCUAUUGGAGAUCGAUAUAGAAUCUUGUGAUGAUUUAGCCACAUUUCCUACAAUGCUAUGCAAUUUAGUUGGUCUUAAAAAACUUAGCAUCAAUAAUUGCCACGAGUUGACUUCACUUUCUGAAAAAUUUGGAAACUUAUCAAGUUUGGAAGUGUUGCGGCUUGCAUCAUGCUCGAAGCUCGUAACAUUACCUGAAUCAAUGAGACACCUCAAGAAAUUAAGAAUGAUUGAUCUUUCCCACUGCUUAAACGUGCGCAACUUGCCACUGCAUACUAGUAGUCUACAAUCAAUCGAUGUGAGGGGUUGCACGGAACUGCAUGAGUUGCCAAAUUUAGUCAAGGAUUUUGAUAAAGUGAAAGUGGUUUGUGAUGAAGAAGUCUCUCACCGAUGGAGUGAUCUCAAGAAUGUGAAAGUAGAAGUGGUAGAAGAAGAUGCACUUGAUACCUUUUACAAGAUCAUGCCAAAAGGGCAUGAUAAGUGAAUGUUGAAUCACAAAAGCAGCUUAUUCAUGUUGGUUUUCUUGUGUAUCUACUAAAACUUAUAGGUACGGGAUGAGGAGAAAACACCCUAAAGUGUGAGAACGGUGAGAACGGAUCCUGGCCCAACACGUGGCAGGGGGCGCUAAAUGAUAUGCAGGGACGAAGGUGCUUCCUCAAGUGAAAGGUUUUGCCCCAAAACUGGUUUACCAUUUAUCAAUCCUGACGUUAGUGAAGAAAUAAAGCCCGGAAUGGACAUGACAUUCACAAGCCUCGAUGAUUAUUAUUCAAUGACAUUCACAAGCCUCGAUGAUUAUUAUUCAAUAUAUUUUACGUAUGCCAAGGCUUGUGGUUUUUCAGUCAGGAAAGGGACUGAAAAGAUAAACGCCAAAGGUGUUAGAUAUAUUAAGUAUUACAUGUGUACGGGAGCUGGGGUAUAUAAGGACAAGAAGGUUGAUACGUUGGACCCCAAUCAAAAGGAACGGUUAGUGCGAUCCAACUUUUUAAAGAGGACUGAUUGUGGUGCAUUAUUAUGUGUAAUUUAUGAGGUUGGAUCAUGGAAGGUCUAUACGUUUGUUGAAGAGCACAACCAUGAUCUUAUUGAACGUCUUGAUAAGCAUUUUCUUCCAACUGAACGACACCUCACUCAGCUCCAGAAGCAUGUUAUACACAGCAUGUCUAAGUUGAAUUUGGGUCCAGUCGAGGUGUUUCAUGUUAUGAAGACUUGUUUUGGCGGUUUUGAAGACGUCGGUGCAAGUAAAGUUGAAUUUAAGAACUACAAGAGGCAAAUUAACCUUUUUUUAGGGGAAUACGACACUCAGAUGGUUGUGAGACAUUUGGAUGAAAAAAAAAACAGUCCCAACCUAAUUUCUCGUAUGAUUACUUCACAGACGAAGACAAUUGUUUGAAGGGACUUUUUUGGUGUGAUGAUCAAGCCAAACGUAACUACCACGUGUUUGGUGAUGUGAUUUCGUUUGACGCCAUGCAUCGUUCCAACAAGUAAUAUUUUAAAAUUCAAUUUUUUUGUUCUUUUGGCAUUUUCAAUGGUUACAUGCAUUGGGGUUUUUCAGAGUUUA